CAAAGCUGUUAGGUCAAGCGAAUUCGAGGGAUCGAAAAAAUCCGGGGAGUAAUUCGUCACCUCCUUUCACACACCGCAAUCAUGAACGUGCCGGUGUUCAUCGAUAUUGCCGUGCCACAUCAGACCUUGGAACUGCGAAGUUUUUUCAAGUCCCUUGGAGCUGAAAUUUCUGAAGAAAAUGCUGAGUCUGGACUGUCGACUGAUCUAAAGAACAUAUUGGAGGCGAGCAAGUUUUGUUGGAACCUCAACAAUGAUACAGAAAUUGAAAUGGUCUUCAGUGGCAUCAUUUCACUGCUGCUAGUAGUCCCGGUGGCAGAGGCAGAAAGUGUGGUCACUCUUUUCUGUGAAAAGGUGGGAAAGCUGCCUGACGGGGACAAACGGGCAGCUUUAAGAUUGCGGAUGUUGAGUAACCUGUUUUAUGGGCUGGAUGAAGAGGCAAGCCUGAGAUAUGUGGUUUUGUGCAGUAUGGUGCGUCUGGCUGGACAGAAUGAUCUACUCUCUAUGGUGCCUGUCGAUCUAGACAAGAUAAAGAAGUGGAUUGGUCAAUGGAAAAUCAGUUCUGCCAAAGUCCAAGUGCUGUACAGGACAAUGCAUGAGUCUUUGAUAGCCUGUAACAUGAGAGAGCUGGCCACCAAGGUCAUGAUUGAGCUGCUGGGCACGUACACAGAGGACAAUGCCUCUCAGGCCAGGGACGACGCCCACAAGUGUAUCGUCACCUGUCUGGCUGACCCAAACACCUUCCUGAUGGAUCACCUCCUCUCCCUCAAGCCGGUCAAGUUUCUGGAGGGAGAGCUCAUUCAUGAUCUUUUAACAAUAUUUGUGUCUGGUAACCUUGGUCAAUACCAGCAGUUCUACAAGAAUCACACAGACUUCAUUAACUCACUAGGUCCUUCUCAUGAAGAGAAUGUGCGGAAGAUGCGACUUUUGACCUUCAUGCAGAUGUGUGAGAACCGCAAGGAAAUGGACUUUAGUCUGAUACAAGAAGAGAUGCAGCUUGACAAAGAUCAAGUUGAGGAAUUCGUCAUCGAUGUGCUGAAGACAAAAGCUGUGCGGGCGAGGAUAGACCAGAUCCAGGAGAAAGUGAUUGUCAGCUCCACCACCUUCAGGACAUUCAGCAAGCACCACUGGCAGAUUAUUCGUCAGCACUUAGCGACAUGGCAGGAGAAUCUGGGACGGCUAGAUGUAAACUUUGAAAAUGUAUCUCUCAUCCAGUCACAAGUACAGCAGCAACAGUAGUCUUGGGAAUUUUUCAGUCUUAUUUUUCUUUUCUUUUCUCUUUGAUGUUUUUUUCUUCUUUAUCGCCAUUUUCGGGUUGGUCAGAAUUUCAACAAAACUUUACUGGGUUGGAUCAAAAGGGGUUUGAAGAAUUUCAGAGCAUACCUUUGAUUUGUAAAUAAAUUAUCGUAUUCUAC